AUGUACGGUGGACGGCCUGCUGUGAACGUAUCAAAAAUCUGCACUGGCUUAAGCCCCGAGUUUGUGAUGAAUAGGAUACAAAACAUCGAAUUGAAAGCACAUUGUGACCGCAGUUACAUGCAACUACCAAGACCAGGGAAUGGUGGUGUGGAUCUGUUCGGAAAUUACGAAGGAUUCUUGAUCUUAGUUCAAUGCAAAAAUAGGAGGCGAAAUAUAGGUCCCGAGAUCCUACGUGACCUGGAAGGGGUUUUAUCGAGGUACCACAAUGGUACUACAAUUGGAAUCCUUGUAGUCCCUUUCAAGGAAAAUUAUACCUCUGGGACAAUAAGAAGAGCUAGAACAUCAAGAUAUAACAUCAUAUUAACGGAUGUUAGAUAUCUAUAUCUUGAUCUCGUUCAGUUCGCUGAGGAACGAUCUUGUUCGGUUCAUUGA